CGGCCGAGCGGGUGGGGGGGGUUGGCGGCGGGGCGCGAUGGAGCGGCUGGAGCGGUGCGGCUGCCGGUUGCGGGCCGGGCUGGCCGCCGGGCGGGUGCGGGGCCGGCUGCCCUGGCUGCUGCUCGCCAUCGUCCUCCUGGGGUCCGCCCUCAAGGACGGCGAUCUGGUGCCCGAGACGCCCAUGCGGAACAAGCGCAACCCGCUCAACGUAUAUUUUGUGAAGGUGGCUUGGGCAUGGACGUUCUGGCUUCUGCUACCCUUCAUCGCAGUCACCACCUACCAGUUUGCCAAAAGCAAGUUCCUCUAUGGUCCCACGAAGAGCAUUUUGAUGGUGCUGCGGCGUCUCAGUGCACUGCUAGUGGGCACUGCCAUCUGGUACGUCUGCACCAGAUUCUUCAUGUAUAUCGAGAAUCUCACUGGCACGUGCUCUACCUUGGGUAAACUCAGCGAGCCUCGCCAGCUGUAUGCCACCAAGCAGGAGUGCCACCAGGACAACGGGAUCUGGAAUGGUUUUGAUAUCUCGGGGCACUGUUUUCUGCUCUCGUACUGUGCUCUGAUGAUUAUGGAGGAGGUGGCUGUGCUGGAAGGCUUGUCCAUAGACCAGAACUCUAAUCUGUGUGUUGUGAUCAACAUCCUGUUUCUUUCCUUGUGUUUUCUCACAGUGAUCUGGGUGUUCAUGUUUCUCUGUACUGCCGUGUAUUUCCAUGACUUCAGUCAAAAGCUUCUCGGUGUGCUGAUAGGUCUGUCAGCUUGGUACGGGACCUACAGAUUUUGGUACUUGAAACCCUUUUCUCCUGGACUACCUCUUCCAAAUAUACCUUUGACUUCAAAGAAAUACAGUUAUAGCAGAUAAAAUAAGUAUUAGAAUUUUUGGAAAUUUAUUUCAGUACUGGAGUAGUUGAAUGUAGGAAUGGUUGCUGUAUUUCCAGUGUAAGGAACAAGGUGAUGGGCUGGAGGAAACCAAAUCUGUACUAGCCAAUGGCUGGCAGGUGGUAACGAGCUUCUUCCUUGGGAGAAAAAAAAAAUUGGUAUUGGAAGAGGUCUGCUCUUGUUUAGGAGCUGCUGACUGGCAUUCUCGGCAAGGAAAUCAGAAGUUGUAUCUGUUCUCUUACUAAUAAAGGGAGGAGCAGAUCCAAGGCUGACAGAGGCCUUUGCUCUUUAAGAGCUUGACUGAUCUCCAAUUUAUUAUCCCUCUUUCUUUUUGAUUUAUGUCAAAAUGUCAUGGAUGAUCCAAACCUCAUACUUUUUUUAAAUACUCGUAUUGCCUUACAGGAAAGCUCUAAUAAUGACAGUGCUGCUAAGUGUUGCGAAAAUAUCAAUACUCAUUAAAGCAGUAUAUAGCUCUGUUGUGAAACUAGAACAUCACAUGAAGCAUUAAGUACACUAACUUGCCACAAAUGCUUCUUAGCUGUCUGCACCUUCUGCAACAGAGAGUAAAUCUGAGAUGUAAUGUCUUAAGCAGACUGAGUUUAAAUUCCUGCCUGCCUUUGAAAAGGAAACUCUUGAAAAACAAGCCUUAACUUUCUCCUUAGGCAAAGUAAUUGUAAUAAUACUUUGUCAUUUUAUUCUUGACAGAAAAAAACAAACUCCUUCCAAUUUUGCUAAAAAGUCUAAUAUUGGGGUUUUAAUUUAAAUCUUAUGAAUUGCACACUUUGCAACAAUGAGUACUUUUUGGUAUGUUUCUUCUAGAACAACAAUGAAAUUCUGGUGUUAUGAACAAGUUAGCUUAACCUGCUAUUUCCCAAAUAAUCUGCUUGGUAAUGGAUGAAACAAAUUGUUUAUCCUAAGAGCUGCAAAGGAAUGUGCUUGGAGCAAUAUUUAUUCUGGCUUAUCCAGCAAUAUCAGUAAGCUACUUAAUUUUGAUUGCACAUAAAGCUGUGGCCACUUUUGAUGUGGCUGGAAACCCACUACUGAAUAAAACACUACUAUUAUAUAAUGAAUAGGUAUGAGGUGGGAUGGGUAUACUCAUCAUAUCAAUCAGCUAUUUAGCAUAGUCUUUAUCUUGAAAAGCUUUUUAUUAUUUCAUAAAGGCUUAUUCAUGACGCAAUUGCACAAAAUUUGUUUGACAGUUGUAGUGACGAGUGAGACAGCCAAAAAGGUCUGUGGGCAAGGCUGUAGAUAGUGUCUGUUAAUCUGUGAGUGGGCUUGGUCUGUAGCGUUUGACUCCAAGGUGAUUAUUUUGCUGAAUAUAGGGUAUGAUGCACUGUAGUCUAAUCUUGGCACGUUUCUUUUUGCCAUCUCAACAGCUCUCUUCCAGCAAGAGAGCGGUAGCAUUUGCAAUAAAUACAGCAGUGUUAAUUCCACACUUGUCGUCUGCCUCUGAGGAGAGCUGGCUUCACCUGAAUUUUCACUGAAUUCAGUGGCAAGUGGGAGUUGUUUUGUGUCCUUAGAAAGUACAAAUCGCCUCUCGGAAAGAAGCUGUUUCAGGAGGUGUUGUAUUUUCUGUCAAGCUCCUCCUUUUGGUUUUGCAUUAAAUUGCCUUUUGAGCUGACUCUUUGGAAAAUUUGCUCUGAUUAACUCAUAUUGGGUUUAACUAAAUUUGUUUAAACAAUGCAAAUUCAUUUGCAGACAUUCUUUUGAUGUAAUGUAAGCCUGCUCCCAAUAGAGCUAAGCUAGACCACAAGCCACUUUCACCAUGAAAAAGGAUUAUAUACCCAGAAGGUUUUCUGAUUAAUUUCAUUAAAUUUAAGUUUCUGGUUUAAGUUAUCUUUAUGUAACUUUGCUGUAUAGACAAGGCCUUGGAACAGGAAAUGCUAUUUAUUUAAACCAACUGACUUGCUGAAAUAUGUUCAGUUUCACAAAUGUUUUGUGCAAUCACUAUAUGGAUAUUUCUGUCUAUUUCUAACCAGUGUCUUACAAACUUUUUAUUAUGGAAAUAAUGUGGGAUAUGUUUAUUCUCAAAACUUUUAUUUAAACAAUGAAAGAAAAACACUUGAAAACUUUA